AUGUUUAACCACCGCACGGAAUUAGCGGAUCUCCAGUAUAUCGUCGAUGAACUCGAUAUGCGAGAACCUUUGCUGGCAAGUCUACCUACAACGACGCAUUUCAACCAACUACGACAGACUGUGCGGUUUGCAAGUGACUCAGCAGCAUACAGUCCAGAGAAAAUUCGCGUUAUUCGCACAGCCGCCGCUCUUCAUGAGGAGACAACAAGCGGUUUUGGUAUUGGUGCCCUCAUGUGCGGGAGGCGUAAAGACGUGGAGCGUCAGCGCGACAAAAAAGCCCGACAGAUCAUGGGCAGAAAAGGAUCCAAUGCAAAUGUAUAUCGCUACAAAGGAACCUUCAAGGCGAAGGACUACAAGAAGAGGUGUUACACGUGCGGCAGUAGUGAGCACCUUAAGAGGGAUUGUCCAGAUCGUGAAAAACACGGCGAAGGUGCAAAUAUCGUCGCAGCAAAAGGUGUCGCUCGUCGUGAAGGCAAACGGAACAUGGCAACGAACCUCACGCACUGUGAUGUGCUUAAGGUAUUUGGAGAAGAUCAAGACGAAGGGACCCUGGAAUUAAAUCACGUGGAAGAAGCUCAACAAGACAAUGACCCACUUGCCGAUAAUAUUUGGAUUCAGGAGUGGUAUAUUGACACUGCAUCCAAUGCACAUGUGAUAGGAGACAAGCGGUACUUUAUUCGAUAUCGGGAGCACUCUCGCCAUGAAGCAACCGUGCGUGGAGUUGCACCCAGAUUUCAGGAACAACCAGUCGGAGUUGGAGCGAUCUCACUUGAAUCGUCUGUUGCUGGAAAGAAAGUACUUACGGUUAUUGACGACGUACUACUCGUUCCUGGCGCAAGAAAUAUGCUGUUGUCGAUGGGGCGUGCGCUUGACGAUGGAUUUAAAUUUGAAUGGGACUCCAAUGCGCACCGAUUACCUUACAGAAAAGUGGUGAAACGGUGGCACUAG